UCGCUGUUGUAAAAACGUGUUGUUGACAGCGCGAAAUGGAAGUGGAGGAAGUUGAGGACGUUCCACAGGAGACGCCGCCCGUGCCAACGAAUCCGAAUGCCAACAUAAUUACAGAACGCAAUGCACAUAUCAUAUCCGGCGGCCAAGUCUUCUACAACCCAGUGCAGGAGUUCAAUCGCGACCUGAGCAUAGCCGUGCUCAACGUUUACUUCCAGCGUUUGGUCAAGGAGCGCGCCGAAAAGGCGCGCAAGCAGCUGCAGCGCCAACAGAAGCAACAGCAGCCGGAGGAGACACCGCCGCCAACGCCCAGCUACACGGCGGGCACGCAAUAUGCGGACGGCCUUCGGAUUCUGGAGGCGCUCGCGGCCACAGGACUCCGGAGCAUACGCUAUGCCCAGGAGAUCGCGGGCGUGCGCCAGAUCAUAGCCAACGAUCUGUCCAAGCAGGCAGUCAAGUCCAUCAAGACAAAUGUGCGGCACAAUGCCGUGGAGCAUCUCAUCGAGACAAGUCAUGCGGACGCCAUGACACUCAUGUAUCUGUCGACGGCGCCGCAGCAGCGCUUCGAUGCCGUCGACCUGGAUCCCUACGGCUGCCCGAAUCGCUUUCUGGACGGCGCGCUGCAGUGCAUCGUGGACGGCGGCCUGCUCCUGGUCACCGCCACCGACAUGGCCGUCCUGGCGGGUAAUGCGCCCGAGGCGUGCUACGUCAAAUACGGCUCGGUGCCGUUGCGCAUGAAAUGCUGCCACGAAAUGGCGCUGCGCAUCCUGCUGCACUGCAUCGAAACGCACGCAAAUCGUCACGGCAAAUAUAUCGAGCCGCUGCUCAGCAUCUCGGCGGACUUUUACGUGCGCAUCUUCGUGCGCGUCCACUCGGGCCAGGCCCAGUGCAAGUACAGCAUGAGCAAACAGUCCUGGAUCUAUCAGUGCACCGGCUGUGAGACGUUCACCCUGCAGCCGCUGGGCACGGUGCGCACCAAGUCCGCGGAUCAGCCGCAGCUGGUCAAGUUCGGCAUACCGACGGGCCCGGCCGUGAAUGCGCAGUGCGAGCACUGCAGCCAUCGGCAUCAUUUGGGCGGUCCGAUCUGGUCGGCGCCCAUACACAAUCUGGAGUUUGUGCGUCAUUUGCUGGAGGCGACGCCCCAGCUGGAGCUGGGCACGCAGCGUCGGCUGGUGGGCGUGCUCUCCAUGGUGCUGGAGGAGCUGCCGGAUGUGCCGCUCUACUAUACGCCCGACAAGCUCUGCUGCGUGCUCAAGCUGGAGAUUGUGCCCAUGCUCAAGAUGCGCUCCGCCCUGCUCCAUGCCGGCUAUCGUGUCUCCUACUCGCAUGCCAGCAAGAAUUCCCUCAAAACGGACGCACCCGCCGCCGUGCUCUGGGACAUUCUGCGCUGCUGGAGCAAACGGCAUCCGGUGCGCGAGAAUCGCCUCAUACCGGGCACGGCGCUGCAGGCGAUUCUCUCGCAGCCCUGCCGCCAGGAUUACGAGUUCGAUCAACUGCAUCCGGCGGCCAAUCCCAGCAGCCGCAAGCAGGCUUUGUCACGCUUCCAGGAGAACCCCGCGCCGCACUGGGGACCGGGCACGCGCGCCACCAUCAUGAUUGGCGACAACAAACUGCCCAAGAGCUAUCGUAACCAGAACAAAAAGCAACGUCAGAAAGCGGCACAGCAGGAGCAGGCGCAUGAGGAGCAGGAGACGGAGGAGGAGCCGGAGCAGCCUGACCAGGCGGAGGCUGACGAGCAGCUGCUCCCGGCCAAGCAGCCCAAGCUGUCGCCGCUAGCGUGAUCCGCUUUCGUCCUGUUGCUC